UGACGGAUAUAAUAUAGUGGACUAGUUCUACAAGAAGAGUGCAGAAAAAAUGUCACGUUCAAACCUCUUAUCAUCACGGUUUGGUCUAGCUAACGCGACGCUAAUUAUGUUUUGUAUACUUGCCCAUUAUGUCGAAAUGCAAACGACCAACCUUCACAUGGGCAUUUUGGAAACCCGCGAAGAUCUUCGGAUUGGGAUGGAACAAGACGUGCAGCAGUCCGCAGAAAGCUCACAAGAAAAUAAUAACGAAUAUUACAAACGACUCCAAUGCAGCUACGCUUUAUCUGCGUUACGUCACUUGCAGCUUACCGAACAAUGGGUGUACGGGUCUAACAAUGAAUUUAAGUAUAUUACCGUCUACGACUAUGUAUUGUUCGAUGCUGAAGCCGCUUCGAUGUUAGCAACCGUCCACAUUGUGCCCGUACAUAGUCACUUGCGGGAAAUCCUAUGGACGUUAUGGUUUUACACGGUCAGGGUGCAUAGUCUGUUAUUGAAUGGCAAGGCCGGCGGUUCGUUAAACACUGGGUUCAUGUUCAAAGCUCAUCGAUCCAUCAAGGAGUCUCUACGGUCGUUUGUGACAUCCAAUAUGGGCAAAUUUGAAGACGUGAAAGCAAAACUAAACGCAAUAAACGCAGAGAAAAUCCCAGUAGAAAAAGACGGCAUUGCAUGGGUGUUCACAAACAAAGGAUGGCUGAAUUAUCAAAUGGCGUUCAACGAAAAGCACGGGGUUUCGACCGAAGGUUAUAUGACGCAUCCUUCGUCUUCUAAAACACACAGUAACGAACAAAUCGACCACACUCACUUCUUGGUCAGCGACAUAGGCAGCCUCUAUCUAAGCGAAAGCAUUUCAGAUGUUGUUUUAGUUGUAGACGGAGAACGAUUGCCCGCUCAUCGUAUGAUAUUAGCCUCACGGAGCGAUUUUUUUAGGGUAUCUUUUUAUGGAAAUUUUAAAGAAAACAAUGAUUUGGAGGUGACAAUAAGUGAAGCACCAGUUACCUUAUUUAAAAUACUACUUAAAUACAUUUAUACUGGUCGAAUAAACUUAAGUGAUCUUGAGGGUAGAGAGGUAUUUGAAUUACUUAGGAUAUCGGAUUUUUUUGUUGUUUCAAACUUAAAACUUUCACUGCACGAGUAUUUGCAAAGAAGCAUUAAUGUACGCAAUGUAUGUUCGUUUUUUGCUAUAGCACGACACUACCCAUACAAGGAGCUCGAAGUCAAAUCACUCAACUUUAUCGGAAACAUCGCUUUGCAUGUAUUGAGAAAGAAAGAUUUUCUUUCUUUGUCAUCCAAUGACCUUCAAGAAAUUCUCAAUAGUGACUCGUUUUAUGCUAACGAAUUUGUUAUAUUUCGUGCGGUUUGUCGCUGGAUCAAGAAGAACGAAAACAAGCUAGAUCAUGAUACUAAAGUCAAAGUUUUAUCUGCCGUCAGAUAUUCGUUAAUGAGUGCUGACGAAAUGUCUAAGGCUAGGAAAUUAAAACUAGUUAAUUCGAAUAUAAUUUCAGAAGCCAUACAAUUUAGAAAUACGUCGUCACCAGAGCAUACAUUCCGAGGACAGCUAAAACCCAAUGUAAGUCUUAUUUAUCAGUCUCAGAAUUUUCCAGUUGCCAAUGACAUUAACGGCGGUACUAAUAUGAUAAAGUUGGAUAAUCCAUCAUUUAUAAACUAUAUUGGUAUGUUAUCGGAUGGAGGUAGCAUAAAUCCCAGGUGUUACUCAUAUUACAUUGAAGUUUCAAUGGAUCAGAACGAUUGGAUACGUGUUAUAGAUUAUUCAAACUAUGAUUGUCGAUCAGUUCAACGUUUGUGGUUUCAUCCACGCUUGGUUCGGUAUAUACACAUUGUUGGAACCAAAAGUACUGCUAAGGCGACUUUGAGAGUUUGGGAUAUCAAGUACAAUAUACAUGAAAUGUACAAAGUGGAAAUAAAAAAUGGAUUAGUCGUUCCUAAGGACAAGUAUAAUGUCGCAUCAAAAUAUAUGAAUGCACUUGUAAUUAAUGGUCAAAAUAGUGUCAAUAAUCAUUCGCUAUUAGAUGACUAUUAUGAAAACUACGCUAGGUAUGACAGAUACACGUAUCAUCUGCUGGGAUCGGGUUUUAUAUUGGUUCAUCUUGCACAACCGUAUAUACUUAGUUCAAUGAGGUUGCUGCUUUGGGGCGGCAAAGAUCAGUUUUACAGUUAUAAAAUUGAAGUUUCUCUUAAUAAACAAGACUGGGAAAUGAUUGUAAAGAAAUCUGAGGAGCUGACACAAUCUUGGCAGGUGUUGAAAUUUAAACCCAGGCCGAUACUCUACAUUCGUAUUACUGGCGUUAAAAGUUCAGCAGGCAAUGAUUUUCGUAUUAUAUAUUUGGAGGCCCCUGCUCAAGUAACAUUAGAUUCCAACGCCAUUGAAGAAACAUCAUCUUAAACACCAG